CGAGGCUGGUCCUGAUCGAUCCGUCUCUAAUUCAAGUAAUGGUUAAAUACUGCGGUCCUACACAGGCAGUACAUGGGAAAACCGUUUUUGAGAACAGUAUUUUUUCACAACGUACGACGCCUUAUAGUCACUAUCUUGCCGGAAAAUAAGGCCAUUUCUCAAAAAACGGAACUGCUCCGAAAAGACACGUGAGACCGCGUGCGGAAGCGGCCGCGAGCGCUUCCAGUUGAAAGGGCAACAUCGUGGAUGUUUCUAGCAAUACCACGCUGCAUCCAGAAGCUGACAAGCGGGUGUUACAUACAAAAUCAACGGCAAAAUUGGGCAUUUAAAAUCGGAUUUUGGUUGUUUUUAAAACUUGGGCUGUAUAAAGCAAUUAGUUAACUAUGUCUGUCAUAGAGGAGGAAGCUGUGCGUGGUGGAAAGGGGGUCUUCAGAGAGAUUUGUAGUGAAGACGAAGAGUUGCAGCCCACAGAAAUCGAGAGUUUGUGCAUGAAUUGUUAUCAAAAUGGAAGCACGCGUGUGCUGUUGACAAAGAUUCCAUUUUUCAAGGAGAUUAUCAUUAGCUCUUUCACGUGCCCCCACUGUUGCUGGUCCAAUACUGAAAUACAGUCAGCGGGCCGCAUUCAAGACCAGGGGAUUACAUACACGCUUAAAGUCAGGUCCAAACAGGAUAUGAAUCGUGAGGUUGUGAAAGCAGACAGUGCGACAGUUAGGAUCCCAGAGCUGGAUUUUGAAAUUCCAGCUUUUACGCAAAAGGGCUCUCUUUCUACAGUUGAAGGCCUGAUUAGCCGAACUGUGGCAGGUUUGGAGCAAGACCAGCCAGUGAGGAAGGCAACAGCUCCAGAAGUUGCAGCAAAAAUUGACGAAUUUAUGGAAAGGUUGCAGAAGUUGAAAGAUGUCGAGAGUGAAUUCACUUUGGUAAUCGACGACCCUUCUGGUAACAGUUUUGUGGAGAACCCGUCCGCCCCUCAGAAGGAUGACGCGCUCACCGUCGCCCACUACAAGCGGACGCCGCAGCAGAACGCUCAGUUGGGGGUGAAGAGUGAUGAGAAGGAUGAAGAGAAACCAGACAAUGACAUGGAGAGCAUGAGGAAUGAGGUAUUGGUGUUUAACACCAAUUGCCCAGAAUGCAAUGCCCCAGCAUCAACAAACAUGAAGCUUGUGCAAAUCCCACAUUUCAAAGAGGUUAUUAUCAUGGCGACAAACUGUGACAGCUGUGGGCAUCGUACCAAUGAGGUAAAAUCAGGUGGGGCAACCGAAGAGUUGGGAACGAAGAUAACCCUUCGUCUCACUGACCCGUCAGACAUGACCAGAGAUCUGCUGAAGUCAGAGACGUGCUGCAUCCUCAUUCCCGAGCUCGAGUUUGAGCUCGGCAUGGCAGCUCUCGGGGGGAAGUUCACCACCUUAGAAGGGCUCCUUAAAGACAUCAAAGAGCUGAUUGUGUCAAAGAACCCCUUCACUUGUGGGGAUAGUUCGACACCAGACCGGACAAAGAAACUGGAAAUUUUUGGUGAGAAAAUUGACAAGAUUAUUGCUGGAGAGAUGGAGGCCCAUAUCAUUCUGGAUGAUCCAGUUGGCAACAGUUAUCUUCAGAAUAUCUAUGCCCCAGACCCAGACCCAGAGAUGACAAUUGAGAAGUAUCAACGAACUUUCGAGCAAAAUGAAGACUUGGGCUUAAACGACAUGAAAACCGAAGGCUACCAGGAGGAAGCCAAGGAUUCGUAGCUAAAUUAUUAAGGAAAGGGUGGGGAAAGGACACCCCCGUAAUGUGAAACUUCACUGCACGGCAAAUUUUAACACCUUGCGUUUCCUUUGACUUGACAAAAAUGAAUCUGUCCAACAGUGUAAGAGUAUAAUUCUCUUGUAAUGUUAAUGUUAAAAUACUUGUUUUUGACAAAUAUUUCCUUAAGCACUUGAAUAUGCAUCCAGGAGCUAAAUUAGUAGUCGCUUCAAAGCACUAGACUCUUGCUUCCAUAAAUGCAUUAAGUAUUUUUCCACUGUAGUGUAUCAUAUGACUGAUCUUUUAUUUAUUACCGAGAUUCUGUUAAGAUGAGGAUAAAAUACAUUUAAAAAUAGAAUGCCAUUAACAGUAAUUACGAAGGCAGGUUGAUCAUAUUUUUGUUUCUUAAUAUCCCAGGAACACUAUGCUGUAAUUUGCUAGUCAGCACCUUUAUGUAAAAAGCCAUUUAACUCCUAAUUUGUGAUCAUUUUGGUGCUAAUUUCCUUUUGUUUAAUUAUUGAGUGGCGUUAACUGCCUUAAAGGUAUUGUUAGUGUAAACUACCAGUGAAUAUGUUCUGACAUGCGCAGGUGAAUGCAAAGGAGGUCAAUCUUUAUUUCUGCUGGAAUUGUUUUACCAUUUAAAGAAAAUAAAUCACCUAAAUUUAAGUGUCAGAUA